AUGACCCUGGAGCGCUAUGUGGCCAUUUGUAUGCCCCUGCGUCAUGGAGAGCUCUGCACCACACGCAAUACUAUGCAUUGUAUCCUCAUCAUUCAUGGCCUCAGCUCUGUGCCUUAUAUUCUUAUUCUCUCCACCAUCUUUGUAUCAGCGUCUCUUAGCUUCUACAAGCAAUAUCAAAUAUGUUUAGUGGAGAUAAUGUUAGUUCACAUUUGGCAGCAUUAUUUUAGGGCAGGAAUAUAUCAAGUCCAGUUUUUGAUUAUGUGCAUCAUUGUUAUUUUCUGCUAUGUUAAAAUAAUGAAAGUGGCCAAAGCUGCAUCAGGAGAGGAUAAAAAGUCAACAAAGAAAGGGCUCAGAACAGUGCUUCUUCAUGGUUUUCAACUGCUGCUCUGUCUCAUUCAGAUGUGGUGCCCCUUAAUAGAAUCUUCAUUACUUCAGAUUAAUGUUAGUUUAUAUGUAAUUGUCAGGUACAUUAACUUUAUACUGUUUUAUCUUGCUCCAAGAUGUCUGAGUCCUCUCAUUUAUGGACUCAGAGAUGAAGUCUUUUUUCAUGCACUGAAACACUAUGCCUCUUUUGGUUUGCAUAAAAGAGAUAUUAUUUGA